AUGAGCAAAUCUCUGAAACGAGGAGAAGUCUAUUUUAAAGGGGUUUUAAAGUAUUACAAAAAGAAAUGUACAACAAUUCGUGAUGAUGUUGGUUAUGGAAAUACCUCAACGAGUAUGGGAUACGUACGCAAAUUAAAGGAGAAAAAUGCUGCACAUAAAAAUCAAGAGACGAGGAAAAAUAUUAAUCAAAUAGUGGGGAGUUUGAGUGCGAAUAGGAAUAAUAAUUAUGACUUGCAGGUAGAUCAAGGUGAUGAAAUUGAGCAUGAGCAAGAAAAUAAAGAGGAACAAGAAGGAACACAUGAACAAUUACGACAUAGGUUUUUAAAACCGACAGAUCUACCACUAGAACUACCAAUAGAACAGAGCACUAACCUCUCCAAUGCUACUACUACCAUAAGCGAUGCUAGAGAGAUAUACACGAAAAGACAUUUACCAGAUGAAAUAUUUAAAAAACGCUAUCCCCCAAAAUUUCGAAAUGAGGAUAAUUCGCACACUGAAGAUGUUUAUGUUAAUAAUCCUCCUAAAUUCAAUAACACGAAUGUUUCAUUAAGUGAAAAAAAUGGUGAUAAUAUCCGUGAGUAUUCCAGCACUUUCAAUAAGAAAGGAAGGGAAAAAAAUUUAGCAAAAUCAAGAAAUCCUUCUAACAAAAAAAAAUGUGUUUUUAAAAAAAAUUACUUAAACAAGAAAAAAAAAAAUAUAUUAAACACGACUAACAGCAAUCCGUUAUAUUUCGAUCUGUACCAUAAUUAUGAAGAUUUACAACUAUGCGAUAACAGGUCUUUUAUAAAAAGAAAUAAAAAAAAAGUAAACAAACAGAAGAUUAAAUAUAAAUAUGAGAUGCCUACCAUAGCUUCUUUGGGAAAAGUCAAAAAAUUAAAUUAUUUAAAUUUAAUAACUAAUGAAAAUGAAAUGAGUAAACAGGAAAAGAUGUUUCUAAAUAAUUUAUCACAUGUAUACUUCGAUAGGAACUCUUUUCAUGCAGUUGCCCCAUCAAGCAAAAAGUUAAAACGUAGAAAAAAACAAAGUCAUCUAUAA